GUUUGGUUGGGUGACGUGGCUAUCUUCAUAACUACAAACAAAACAACACUUAUCAUUAGUUGGUUACCAGUUACCACCAUAACUGAACUUAACCGAAAAAAGCUUCAAUCCAUAUUCAUGGCGACCACCUCUCUUCUUCUCAAUCUCACCCCUAAAGUUUACAACUUUCGUCAUCCUCGUCCAAAAAGAACAAACCCCAUAUUAGCUCGAACCUCAUCUUCACCAUCUUCAUCAACUUUUUCAAGUGGGGCAGUGACAGUGAAAGAGAAAAGCUCAUUCCCAGGAAAGCCAGAGGCAGAUGUUGUAGUAAUCGGAAGUGGCAUUGCUGGACUCUGCUGCGGUGGACUCUUGGCAAGGUACGAAGAAGAUGUUAUUGUUCUUGAAAGCCAUGAUUUGCCAGGUGGGGCAGCUCACUCUUUUGAUAUCAAAGGGUUUAAGUUCGAUUCUGGUCCUUCUUUGUUUUCUGGGUUUCAGUCUAGAGGUCCUCAGGCCAAUCCUCUUGCACAAGUUCUUGAUGCUUUGGAUGAGAGAAUUCCUUGUGUUUCUUAUGAUUCUUGGAUGGUUUAUGUUCCUGAAGGUGAAUUCUUGUCACGUAUUGGCCCCACUGAGUUUUUUAAGGACCUUGAAAAACAUGCAAGUCCAAAUGCUGUUAGAGAAUGGCAAAUACUCCUGGAUGCAGUUCUUCCACUAUCUGCAGCUGCAAUGGCACUGCCUCCUCUAUCCAUAAGAGGGGAUUUCGGUGUUCUUUCAACCGCUGCAGCCAGAUACACUCCCUCACUCCUCAAAUCUUUCAUCGAAAUGGGACCAAAGGGAGCUCUUGGUGCUACAAAGCUACUAAGGCCUUUCUCGGAAAUUGUUGACUCAUUAGGACUUAAAGACCCCUUUAUAAGAAACUGGAUUGACUUGCUGGCAUUCUUGCUUGCUGGGGUCAAAUCUAAUGGCAUUCUCUCAGCAGAGAUGAUUUACAUGUUUGCAGAAUGGUACAAGCCGGGUUGUUGUCUAGAAUACCCUCUACAUGGAAGUGCGGCUAUUGUUGAAGCUCUUGUACGAGGAUUACAGAAGUUUGGCGGACGCCUUUCUCUAGGGAGUCACGUAGAACAAAUUGUUGUUGAAAAUGGCCGAGCCACUGGAGUCAAGCUAAGAAGUGGUCAAUUUAUUCGCGCUAAGAAGGCGGUUGUUAGCAAUGCCUCUAUGUGGGACACUGUAAAACUAUUGCCAAGGGAUGUUGUUCCGAAAUCAUAUGCAGACCGAGUCAACACAACACCACAGUGUGAAUCGUUCAUGCAUCUCCAUUUGGGAUUUGAUGCAGAGGGCAUAAGAGAAGACUUAGGAAUACAUCAUAUUGUUGUAAAUGAUUGGGAUAGAGGAGUUGAUGCUGAUCAAAAUGUAGUUUUGAUAUCUAUACCAAGUGUACUAAGUCCUGAUCUUGCACCACCUGGGAAACAUGUUCUACAUGCUUAUCUUCCAGGGACCGAACCUUAUGACCUAUGGAAAGGACUUGAUCGACGAAGCACCGAAUACAAGAACCUAAAAUCGCAAAGAUCAGAGGUGAUGUGGAAAGCAGUGGAACGAGCAGUUGGUUCGGGUUUUAGCAGGGAAAAGUGUGAGGUUAAGUUGGUUGGAUCUCCAUUGACACAUGAAAGAUUUCUUAGGAGAAAUAGAGGAACAUAUGGACCAGCCAUUGAAGCUGGGAAAGGAAGCUUUCCCGGGCAUUCGAGUCCUAUCCCGCAGCUUUAUUGUUGUGGGGAUUCAACUUUUCCUGGUAUAGGAGUCCCUGCAGUUGCUGCUAGUGGUGCCAUUGUUGCUAAUUCUUUAGUUUCUGUGUCUCAACACUCCCAACUACUUGAUGCCAUUGGAAUCUGAAUAUGAAGUGAACACCUUUUAUUGUUGUUAUUAUAUGUUCAUGUGUGAAAUUUACACUUGUAUAUUUUUACACUUCUAAUAACCUUUAUAGCAUUAUAUGAUUUAAUUUAGGCAUGAAUGCAUGCCUUUGCCUUUGAUAAUAAUGUGCUUUAUUCCACUAUAUGACCAAAAAUUUAUGAGU